AUUUGAGAAAUUUUGAAUCCAAAAAUUCAAUGCCACUAGUAGGAAUGGCAGCUUUAUCCAUUGCACGCGCUCAAUGGACCAGUUAUAUCUUCACUGUUACAACGCACGCUCUAGUAGUUAUGAGAAUUUUUCUUGUAAAUUAAUAAAAAUGGUGUAAAAAUUGGAGAAAAUUGGAUGACAGAAAUGGAACCUUAGAAAUGUAUGGAAUGCGUGACUUAUUUGGUUAUUGGCUGAACUAGAGAGACUUUUGGGAUGAUAGUAUUUCCACAUCGUGCCAAAAAAAGACUGUAUGCUUCACGAGUGUUGAAUCUGCUGAUACAACAAUGUUAUAAAUAUAUCUUGUGAUUAUGUUGCGGUUGAUGUUGCAGCUCAACUUGUGUAGAGUUGUAUUUAUACAGGGAGGGGGGAGGCUUUAUGCUGGCAUUGUAACAACUGUUUAUUUUAGGUUGGAUGGAGUGAAGCUAAGAAGAUUUCAUAUCGACGAAUUUUGGUGUGUAGUUAGAUUAACAAGUACUUGGCACUGAAUUCUAAUCUUGGAGUCUGUUUAAUACAGUUUGUGCAGUACAAAGCCCUUAAGAAGUAAUACAGUACAAAGCACUUAAGAAGUGAGCAACAGAAUGCCCCAAUGAUCUUUUGGUGUGAACUUGAGUUCACAUUUAUUGGGUUCUAAGUUCUGUUGUUUUCAGAAACUGCUAGUUUUUUCAACAACAAAUUGAUCCAGGCCAUCUGUAACCAGAAUGGGUGCUCUGAGAAAUCCUCAGUCAGUAAAGAGUGUGUGUCAUACAUCAUCUGUUAAGUUGAUAGUAGUCAUAUAUGUUAUUGCUGUUUCCACAAUAAUGGUCGAUGCAGCCUUAGGGUCUAGAAGUAGGAGAACUAAGCCCUCUGCAGCUGACAUACUGGUAGUGAAUUUGACUCUGGUGGAGAGAGCAGCAGAAACAGGAGCUUUUUGUCUGGAUGGGACUUUGCCAGCCUACCUUUUGGAUAGUGGGUAUGGUUCAGGAGCAAAUAACUGGCUCGUUCAUUUUGAGGGUGGAGGAUGGUGUAAUAAUAGAGACUCCUGCAUUGCUAGGAAAACAACCCACAGGGGUUCAUCCAAUUAUAUGGACAAGCAGGCUGUGUUUUCGGGCAUUUUAAGCAACAAACGUUCCGAAAACCCAGAAUUCUUUAAUUGGAAUAGGGUGAAACUUAUGUAUUGUGAUGGUGCCUCGUUUGCUGGGGAUUCGUAUGAUGAGGAAUCAGGUCUUUAUUUUAGAGGGCAAAGAAUUUGGCAUGCCAUGAUUGCUGAUCUCCUAGCAAAAGGAAUGGAACAUGUGGAGCAGGCUCUUCUAUCUGGUUGUUCAGCUGGGGGUUUAGCAACGUUCUUGCAUUGUGAUGAUUUUCGGAAGCUUCUACCAAGUACCGCCACUGUGAAAUGUCACAGUGAUGCUGGGUUUUUCCUUGAUGCGAAAGAUAUAUCAGGAAUGUAUUCUAUAAGGGCAUUCUACAAUGACACUGUUAAUUUACAGGGAGUAGUGAAGAACUUGCCUCAAGCAUGUGCUUCACAAUUGAAUCCAAGCCAGUGCUUUUUUCCACAGUAUCUAUUGCCAUACAUCCAGACGCCCUUAUUUGUCUUGAAUGCAGUGUAUGAUACUUGGCAGUUUUAUAAUAUUUUGGCACCAGGAUCAGCUGAUCCUCAUGGUCAUUGGCGUUAUUGUAAGAUGAAUGCAAUUAAUUGCACUUCAGCUCAAUUGGAGAUAUUGCAAGUUGGUAUUGGCCUUCUAGGUGUGUGUCAACAUUAUCAAAGGCGUUAUUUGAUGUUGCCAGCAAGUUCUGUAAGUCUUGAAAACGCUUGUGCCACUUUUCAAGAUGAUUUUUUGCUUCUACUGUGCUCUCCAAGAAUCUUUGAGAGGACGUCAUUUAUGGGUACAGAAGGCAGAUGCUUGAUGCAUUGGAAACCUCUAGGGAAUCUAAAACAGCAGGCAUGUUUAUUAAUUCAUGCUUUUCACAUUGUCAAUCGGAGAAUCAAGACAUGUGGUUUACUCCCAUCUCACCAAUGCUUAAUAACAAGACCAUUGCAGAGGCUGUGGGAGAUUGGUAUUAUGAACGGAGGACUGUAAAGGAAAUAGAUUGUCCCUAUCCAUGUGAUAAAACAUGUCACAAUUUAGUUUUUAAUCAUUCAUCACUAAAUCUAGAUUGAACAAUCUCCACAAUUUAGAUUUUAAUCAUUCAUCACUAAAUCUAGAUUGAACAGUCGCCAAUAAUCUUUGUUACUCCUUGUCGAAGGCAAGGCAGCUGAAAUAAUUGUUUGUAUCCAGAACCUAGUUCAUAUGGUUCAAAUAUUUUUUAAUAAUAAACUAUUUUAAGUUAUCA